CAAUAUUUUAUAUUCUAAUCGCAAGUAAAUAAAUUCCAUUUUUUGAGGAAAUUGGUUUUAUAUAAGAUGGAAUAUGUCAAAAGAAAGAAAAAGAAAAUGUUGUUAGUCAAUAGGAAUUUUAUUCGCUUAUGUUUAUCAUAAUUACUCUAAAAAGUGUUCAUAUUUACCCCUAUUAGCGACAUCUUUUAACCUAGCUCAGGAACUAAAUUUCGCAGUUCGUUAUCUCGUCUUUAUCCAUGCUUUUACCCCAUGGCAAAACGACGCGCGCACAUUCUCGCCGGGCCAUUCGCUCUCUUUGGACCUUGUAUCCCUACUCGCAAAAAGCCUAAUUAAAUCAUUUCUAUAAAACGAUUUAACAUCUAAAAAUAUAUAUUACGAUUUAUAUAGAAAUGGAAGAUGUUAAUUAUUCGACUAAAAUUAUAUCUAUGGUAUAGAUAUAUUGCAAAGAAAAAUAAAAUAGUCAAAUAUAAAGAUAAAAGAUUGAAAUACGGAAAAGUAUUAAACCAAAUACCAUGAGAUGAAAUUAUGAGAACAAAAGAAUAAUACAAAGAAGGAAGAAAAUUAAAUAAAUAGAUAUAAAAAAAAUAGAGUAAGACAGAGAGAGAGAAAGGGAGAGAGAGAGAGAGAGAGAAAACUUAGAGUAAAAUUAAGCGAUCUCGAAAAACUUGUGUGAUAGCCUCGAAGCGACGACGGCGCGUACUAGGCAGUGUGUUAUUGAUCAAUAAGAGAAGCUAUGGUCGAGACUCGUGCUGAUUGAGCCAGCUGUCAUUUCCCCUGCAAUAUUUUUCGUCACGCGAGUAUAUAAUAUUCGAUGGGGAAAAAGGAGUGUUAAGGUUGGACAUUUUAAAGGAUCGUUCACCUAGGUGAUCGGAUAAAUCUUUUUGGUUAAGCGUUUAUAUACGAAGAAAAGUUUAUGGGGAUGAGAGUUAAGAUACCAACUACGGUGUUUAAAGUGACGAAAGAGUGUGAAGAAUAGAGGAAAGGGAAACGCGCCGAUCUCUUGUCUCUUUUCUUUUUUGUACAGAAAGAGAAAAAGAGAGAGAGAGAAAGAGAGAGAGAGAGAGAGAGAGAGAGAGAGAGAGAGAGAGGUGAGCGCGCGCGCGCGCUCAUCUUUAGACUUACAUAGUGUCGUGAAAAGCAUCAUAGAAAAGACACACAGAGGGAGCAACGUAGAAAAGGAGAAAGAGGAGGAAGAAGAAGAGGAGGAGGGGGAGGAGGAGGAGGAGGAGAAGGAGAAGAAGGAGGAGUAAGAAAAAGGAGAGGGUGAGAAAGUGCAAAGGGGGUGAAAGAGAUAAUAUGAAGAGAGCGAGCGAACGGGCGUGCGUGAAGGAGAAAUAGACACGAGUUUGAGAUUGAGUUUAAGAUAGAGAGAGAGAGAGAGAGAGAGAGAGAGAGAGAGAGAGAGAGAGAGAGUGUGUGUGUGUGUGUGCGAACAUGUGUCGGUGCCGAGGAUCCUGUCCUCGAGAGUGAUGACGGCGAAGGUGCGUCGAAAAGGAUCGCCGAGAUCUUCUUCUUUACUUCAAUCUCUCAAUCAAGUUUUAAUCUUUAAAACGUUUCCAACGUUAUCUUCUCUGGCGUAUGUAUAAUACAACCACCGAUGCAGACCUUACGGAAGAAAAACAGCCCGUGCAAGUUUAAGAACGAGCCAACACGGUUCCUCGGGGAAGGUGUUUCGUUCAAGGCGAAGCUGAUCGGUAUAUUGGAAGUGUCCGAAGCACGUGGCGAUCGAAUGUGUCAAGCAGCAUUGGCGGAUUUAAAAAUGGCGAUUCGUGCAGCUGGUGAACAUAAGCAAAGGAUUGCUGUGCAGGUCAGCAUCGAUGGACUUCGUUUGAGGGAUGAAAAAACGAGUGAAUGUUUGUACCAUCAUCCCGUACACAAGAUAUCUUUCAUCGCUCAAGACAUGAGCGAUUCCAGAGCAUUCGGUUACAUAUUUGGAUCACCGGACACGGGACACAGAUUUUUUGGUAUCAAGACGGAUAAAGCAGCGAGUCAGGUGGUCAUAGCGAUGAGAGAUCUCUUUCAAGUCGUGUUCGAGCUGAAGAAAAAGGAAAUCGAAUUGGCGAAGCAACACAUCGAACAAAAUGCCAUCAACGCUAUCAAGUUUCAUACCGGUGGUAUGUUCGUUGAACCAGCACCCGAUACCAAAGUAAGUUACAAUAAAGAAAGUGUGUCAAUAAAACAAGAAACAAAUGAAACACGUAAAACUUUUUCAUCACAGGGCGCAGCUGGAACCGAAUCGUCGAUUCAUCGUACUAGAAUAACAAAUUCCGAAACGGAGAAAACGGCCGAAAGAAAAAAUGAAAAUCAAAGUGGUGUUAUCGCCGAUUUGUUAGAUCUACAAUUCGAAUUGAAUUCGUUGCAACAGGGAAUACAUCAGAUGGAUAAAAUAACACCUGAACAACCUGGACCAGCCGCGGAUGAUUUAUUUGAAAGCGAUCCAUUCGGCGAUUCUUUUGCGAACAUGAAAUUAAAAGAUACCGUACAACCUAUUUUACCGCCACCACCGUCCUCCUCAAAAAGAGGUCAUUUGGAACGACAACAAACCGUUCCAGCUCCAACAACAUCGGCGACGUCCAGUCCAGCCGCGACAUUGUACAGCAAAACACCGCCUCCUCAAGACACGAUGCAUUGGUUCGACAAGGAAACAGAAAAUCUUUUCAACGAUGGAGAAUUAACGAGCUUAACGAAAAGUACUACCGUGAAAAAAGAUCAAGACGAAACAUCAUUGAAUACAACCCCGAGAAGUAGCCAAGCGAAAAGUCCGCAGAUAGACGUAUUCACGGAACUGGAUCCCCUAGGUACUGGCCUGAUAAAGCCUUACGUCGAUAAGAAAGACUUCUUCCAACAUCUGAAAAAUCCUCCAAAAAAGGUGCUUAAAGAUUUAGUAACGACCAAUUCGACGGAUACGUUUCCAACGAAUUUCAAUCUAACGUCGGAUACCCCGGACUCUAUAAAAUUACAGAAUGAUUUACCUUUGAAGGAAAGUGAUCGCCACGAAGAGGGCAAUUUCGCGAAUUUCGAUCGAUUUGAUGAGAACGAGGCCAUGCAGUCGUCCAUCCUACCGAAGUCCGACUCGCCGCAAAAGAAAGAUAUUGUAUCAAGGACGACUCAUCACCAACCAUUGUCAGUGUCCCUACCGCCUGAAGAGACGCCUACCAAGAGUACGUUCGCUGUUAUAUCUACCGUAAACGCGGUACCUGCCGGUGGAAUGGCAAGCGUUGCCAGCAGAAUUGACAAGGAUUCUGGCGAAUCUAUUCAGCCUUUGGUCAAAUUGCCAAGCCCAAAGAAAUACUUGCAGUCCGUUAGAAAAAGAGAACUCGACAUGGAUCUAUUACCGAGUGGUAAAUCGCAGCCCAUAGAGAAAUCAUUUCCAGUUGAUUUCUCAGCUACGAGCGAUUCACCGGCGUCUCCAUUAAGAUUAUGUUCCUCCGACGCAAACUCAAGAUUGUCCAGUUCUAGUGCGGAAUUAGAUCUCGUUCCUGAACCACCGCCAAGGGGCGCUGGAAGUAUAAUGAUCAAUCCGCCGCCUUUGCCACCGAAGAAACAAGCUGCCAGAGGUGCCAUAAAACCACCGCCCAGACCGCCGUACACCGAAGGUCACUUUCACUACGACUUCAUCGAACGCGAAGAAGCUUCGCCUUCUCCUACUAAAAGCAGAGAAAGCAACAAAAGUCCAUCGAGGGAUACGACGAAGGGUCAGUUCGACGAUAACUUCAGUCCACCGUCAGCCAGGACGGAUUUGAUGUCUGCAAUGACGACAUCCGCCUUCGAGGAUUCGUUUAGUACGAUGAUACCCACGACGAAUUUGUCGACGUACUUUACCUCGACCGGUAUGCCUGCUACAACGAAAUUGAAACCAAAACCAUCAUUGGACAUAACCCUCAGUCAAUUAACAUCAGCAAAUUUGGACGAAUUAGCGGGCAGUCUUGGUAUGACCGUACAAGAAUUAACGAGCUUGACGUUGCAACAGCUUACUGAAUGCCUGGCAAAUCUAUCGAGCAAGGAAUCAUUGACAGAAUCGAAUAAGGAAGAGAAAGAAGAAGCGAGGAUUCGACCAAAAGUAGAAGAAUUCGUAACAAAACCGUCAACCACUUGUAAAAUCACUGAAACGAGUUUCGUAAGUAGUGAGCCACUUUUCAAAGCAAAUUUCGAAGAGGAACAGGAACCAAUGAAGAAGCAAGAAGAGGAACCACCGAUCUACGACAAGUAUGCCGUUUUUAGGGAAUUACUUGAGAUGGAACAGAUGCAGGUGGAAUCGAAGGAGGAGACGAACGACGAGGACAUUAUGACGGAUACCGAAAGUAAGGAACCGGAGGAACGAAAAGAAUCGGAAGAUGAGAUUCGAGGUGAAUUUACGGCUGAAGCGAUCGUAGCUAUGGCCAAUUUGACCGUCAAGUUACCACCGAGUAUAGAGGAAUUAACGAAGGAAGAAAUCAGGGAGGAGGAAAUCGAGGGAACUAACGGAAUCGAGCCCGAUAAACCGAUCGAUGCGAUUGAAGAUAUCGACGAGAUGAAAGACGAUGCGAUCGAUGUAUCGUUGAGUUUGCAGGCAACUAAAAAGAUGGAAUUAGAAAUAGAGGUAGAAACUGACGGGGAUAUCGAGGUGGAUAUAGAGGAAGAUAUGAUCGAAGAUACGACUAUGAUAGGUAAUCGAGAUAGAGGAGAGACUCUGUCGGAUAAAGGUAGUGAAGCAAAUGGCGUUUCGGAUAAGAUCGUGCCCGAAAGUACCGAGGACAUUAAUAGAUCUUCCGUCACGGAGAAAACGGAAAUAAGAUUAUCGACAUCUACGUCGAGCGACAAAUACGCGGCAUUAAGAGAGAUAAUAGGAGAGACGGAAAGAUUGAGCAAACAAAGGGAAGAGGAAUCCAACUCUAGACGCGAAUCCCCGGUGGUACAAUCGUCGGCGAGUAAGAAUUUAGCCGAGGCCGAACUCUUGAGUUUAUUUUCGGACAAUUUACCGGCCGUACCGUCGAGCCCAAAGAGAUCUGUUAAGAAGAAGGAAGACGUUUUGAAAACAGUCGCAAUGGAUAUUUUCGAAGAGAUAAAAAUGCUUAAUACAGGAACGCAUAGGGCGAAGGUGAUCGGCAUCGCCGGAUUCGAAGAUGUAUUUUGUCCCUUUUCUGAGGAUAAUAAGGAGAAUGAUCGCGAGGACAAUAAGGAAGAUGGGAAUUGGGCCAAGUUCGAGACGAGCAUGCUCGGUUCGGACAGAUCGUCUUGCGAAGGAGCACGUUCCGUGGGCGGUGGUACAUCGCCUUGGUCGCCCGACGGCAAAGAUUUUCACCGUGACAUAAUACCAUUCAAAUCUGUCUCUUCUACGAGCGGCGGUAUUCAUAGACACUCGGGCGACAGUGACAACGAGUGGAAGGACGAGGAAGAGAGUGAAGAGAGUAACAACGGCAGGGGAGGUCUGGACGGAGGAAGAUUUUGGUGCGGAAGACAUCCGAGAUUCGACGCGGCCGAAUUCGACGAGAGAUCAUUUUACGAGGAAGCCUCGGGCACGUUGGAUAAUAGAUCCGACAAAAGGGAACGAAGCUUUCGCGGACGAGCUGUUAGAAAAUCGCGCGGUCUUUGGGCGAAAAAUGUUGGUCACAGAUCGCGAGAUCCGUCGCGCUGGCACGAGAAAUCCCAAUGGGAGGAAGUGCCGAGGCGUUAUCCUCAUAGAAAGUUACCUUACAAAGAGAACGACGAUCAUUACGACGUUCACGAUCACUUGUCGCGAUUUUGGAAAUGCAGGUCGAAAUCCCAACGAUGGAAUUGGAUACCCGACGACGCUUAUUACGACGAGGAACGUAGAAGAAAGAUGACGGAGAGAAAGUUGACGCUGUUGUGGAACGAAGAGGAUAGAUUUGGUAGCGAAGAGAGCGUUGGUUUCGAGGAGGACGACAGAUGGGCCAGACGUAAGUACGAAAGAAGACGAUGGGACGAGGAGUUUGGUAGAUUUUGGAAUAGACGAAGUAGUCCUCCGUUGGAUGGCGUUGAAUAUCCAUCCAAGGAAGGUUAUUAUUAUUAUCGGGAGAGUAGAGAAAGGCCUCACGAUUAUACGGAUACGUGGGACGAGGAGGAGUACGGGCCAGAACGUACCGGCGACGAUUCAGGCAGAUACAAUACGGCCGGUAGGAAGAGACAUUGGCCGAAGAGGCCGAACAGUGCUAAUGAAGGUCGUAAUACUGAGUAUGGUGAAAUGGUUUAUGCCGAUGCGAGAAACAAGUUUGGUACGUCUAGAUCAGAAUGCAGCGACAAUGAUUCGGAUCCUUAUUUAAGGCCAUCGCAGAGAUCGAGAAGUCGCGAAAGUUAUAGGGGUAGUGAUCAGAAAUACGACAGCUGGCCGGAGAGACCGUAUUGGUCGGAGGGCCCGGACGUUAAGAGCGAGACGUUACAUCGUAAAAGAGUAACAAGGCAUAAGGCCGCACGACAGGUACAAGCCAAAACUCAGAGUCCUUUCGAGGAUGAUUUCGCGCAGAGUAUCGAACAGAUUGAGUCACCGGCCAGUGAAACAUUGACGCCGGCCGAGCCGCGCGUUCGUCCAGAGAUCGGUGAAUCAAAAAGAGAAUUGGUCGAACGUCCACCUCCGAGUCCUUCUUCGGCCAGUCGAUUAUCAACCAAGGAAGCUCAUCCACGUAGAGAUAUGCAACGGGAGUAUAACAAACGGUCGACCUUUUUCGAAGACGAUCUAACGCCUACUUCGACGAGCAAUACUUCCGAUCGACGUAGAUUAUCAUCGGAUUUGAAAGCUACACCUGAAGAAAUUCCACCGGACGCGAAGGAUCCUCAUAGGUCGAUAGAUGGUUUCGUUUCGGAGGACAGUGCUCGAGAUUCUUUCUUCAACGGUGAUCUUAGGUUCAACGACGACGAUGCAUUCACCUUCAAAUCCGAAUUAGAGGACAGCGUGCCCGAACGUUGUACCACUACAUUGCCAUUGAAAAACACCAGGCAGAACAAAUACGCUGCCUCCAACAGUAACAACAAAGGUAGACCUUCCGAUCAGUAUAUAAGGAAAUCUGAAUCUGUAAACAUCUUUAUACGCGAGGAAGAUCCGUUCGACGACGAUGAUUUUUUCAAUUGACUCGCGGCCAAUCGUCAAUCCACACGAUCGUCAAAAUCGGACUAUCGAUCUCUCAAAUGAGUGGAACCCAUACAUAGCUAUAUUUUAUUUCUUAUAUUUUCUUUUUAUGACCGCCAUGUGUCGUCGUUUUGCUCCCGCAUUAACAAAGGAUACGCAUAUUUUCUAAGCUUUGCUUAAGUGAAGCCUUUUGGAUGUUUCUCUCCUUGAAUUAUUUCUCUCUCUCUCUCUCUCUCUCUCUCUCUUCCCCCCCCCUUCUCUCUCUCUCUCUCUCUCUCUCUCUCUCUGUCUCUCGUUAACACGAGAACGAGAUACUCGCUUUGUGUGAAAGGCAUUUAUAAAACGUUUAAUAAGCUUUGAGAAUGAAACUUGGAAUCGUUAUUGAGAAGACGAUUCAAGAAAAGAGAUUAGGUGCUUUAAUAAAACCCUUUUAAAUAUUUCUUAUUUUAUUCCGUGAAUUUUAUGUUUCAUUCUAAUAAUUGCACAUACCAACGAUACUUGUGUCUAUCGGAAUAUUCAUUAAUUACGAUACUUGUAAACGUGACAGAUGAUGUAUUUAAUUGUCAGACAGGAGGAGUCGAACAGGGAUUGGAAUUUUUUCAGGAAAGGGCUAUAGACGCGUAGAUAGAUAUAAUUAUUUAUCGUGUUGCUAGCAAUAAGCCGAUAUUGUGUUUAAAGCGGGUCAAGGUUGUACUGACAAUAAUUAUAUUAUCUUAAUGCCAAUACAAUUUCGACUGAUCGAUGAGAAACGAAUUUGAAACGAUUUGUUGCUAAUGCGUGUUUGAAUGGGUCAAAUAUAAUUACAUAUAUAACGUGAAUUUUGGAGCAUUUGAAGAGGUCAAGUAUCCGAAGACGAUUGACGGCAAACUUGGAUUUGUAAUUUUAUUGCAUAGAUAGAAAGUGCGAUUGUCCUUUUCUUUUUGCUUCUUUUUUAUUUUUAUUCUUUUUUUUUUUUAACGUUUUAUUUCAAAUGAUAAGUAUCGAGAAUGAAUCGAGAUAUUGCGUUUUUAGUAGAUCUGCAUGUGAAUAACUGAUGUGUGAUAAAAGAACGCUUUUCGGUAGAGGAAGAUGAUGAUAAAAAAAAAAAGAAAUAAAUGAAUUUUACGAUCGAUGAAUAUACAUAAAGUGAAUCAAAAUUUCCUAUAUGAGACAAAAGAUUCUAGAUUUGAUUUUUAAAAUCGAUCACUCUUUUGCGAUACUUUUUAGACUAAUAUUUUCUUUUUUCAUUUUUUUCAUUAACCACAAGACUAACUUGUGAAGCUGCAAGCUUAACCUACGAAUCUGAAGAGUCCCGAUAAAGAGAGUAAUCUAUUUUUAAUGUCACCCAGGAAGUUUUGGCUCACCUAGGAACUUUUGGCGCUACCCUGUAUUUGCAACUUGAAAGUAAUUUUUCACAAAUCAUACGAUUACGAGAAAUAUCAUUGUAAUGUUUAUUAAUGACAGUAUUAAGUUGAUUCAAUUUUUUCUUUGAUAUCUAUAUGUCAAUUGGUAAUUACCAAACGAAUCGAGGAAAGAUACGAAUGUUCGUUCACAUUAUUUAUUUAUUUAUUUAUUCAUUUAUUUAUUUAUUUUUCUUUACGCUCGCUUUUGUACUCGUCACGAUAAAUCCAUUUAUAUAGAUCGAUUGUAUCGCUGGAAAAUGAUGUUCUCGAGAAAUAAUUGAAAAGCUAAUAGGAAAUAUCUCGUCUUUGUCAUAAUCGUAUCAUAUUGUCAGCAUUCGUUUCAUUGAUAUGAUAGCGAAUGAAUUAGUAGUGCGAAUAUAUUCGCACGUAAUAAUGACGUAUGUGAAUUAGCGAGAGGAAACUAAUUGUGAGGAAUGAAUUGUGAACGAUAUACAUACAUAUUAUAUACUAUAGAUAGGUCGAAACAGUAACGACAAAAUUUGUUCAUUUCGAAAUAAGAAAAUGUUCCUUCUUUUUCAACGAAAAACAAAAAUUGUUUUAUCAUAAUCGUCAUGAAACAGAGGGGAGAGAGGUAUGUCGUUUAAAUAAAUACGAAAUGUUUGAGAACAAUUUUAUACCCUUCGAUGUAAACGAGAAGAUUGAUUAGUCUUUUGCGAAACUAAUUAGGUAAGUAAUUAAUUGAUUCGAUGUUUACGAGAAACGAAUUAUAAAACGUCGAGAAAGAUGUUUUGGAAUUUUUCUUUCGAACAAACAUAAUCCAUCUUUAUCGUUAUCGUAAAUGAUUAUGAAAUGAUUUUUUUCUUUAUCAAGAUUUAGAAAAUGGAGUGACGGUACAAUAAACCAUUACCGUAUGCGAAUGGCAA